UGUGGCUCGUGACGUAGGUGUUGUGCUCGAAGGAAACUGGACAAAGGGCCGAGGCGGCGUGGCCCUAGCCUGUCAGUUCCUACUCUCCUAGCUUGCUAGGGAAAAGGCGAGUAUUUGCCCUAGGAUGAUCUGAAUUUUACCUGAUAGUGAGCAACUGACCACUCCUUCGCCAAUGAAGUAUAUCCUGGUCACUGGUGGGGUCAUUUCAGGUAUUGGCAAAGGGAUCAUCGCCAGCAGCAUUGGGACAAUUCUUAAAUCAUGUGGACUUCGUGUUACUGCCAUCAAAAUUGACCCCUAUAUCAAUAUUGAUGCCGGGACCUUUUCUCCUUAUGAACAUGUACAGGGGAACGAAUCCAGGGCCUCCUGCAUGCUAGGUGAAGUGUUUGUCUUAAAUGAUGGUGGAGAAGUUGAUCUAGACCUUGGAAAUUAUGAAAGGUUCUUGGAUAUUAAUCUUUAUAAAGACAACAACAUUACCACUGGAAAAAUAUAUCAGCAUGUGAUCAAUAAGGAGAGGCGUGGCGAUUACCUGGGGAAAACAGUUCAAGUUGUUCCCCACAUUACUGAUGCUAUCCAGGAGUGGGUUAUGAAUCAAGCCAAGGUGCCUGUAGACAAUAAUAUGAAAGAACCCCAAAUAUGCGUGAUUGAGCUGGGAGGUACCAUUGGGGACAUUGAAGGAAUGCCAUUUGUAGAAGCAUUCAGACAAUUCCAGUUUAAAGCUAAAAGAGAGAAUUUCUACAAUAUUCAUGUCAGCCUUGUCCCACAGCCCAGUGCUACCGGAGAACAAAAAACCAAACCCACCCAAAACAGUGUCCGAGCCCUGAGGGGGUUAGGCCUGUCUCCAGACCUGAUUGUCUGCCGAAGUUCAACACCCAUCGAGAUGGCCGUGAAGGAGAAGAUUUCUAUGUUUUGUCACGUGAACCCUGAACAGGUCAUCUGUAUCCAUGAUGUUUCUUCUACCUACCGAGUGCCCUUGCUUUUGGAAGAACAAGGCAUUGUGAAAUAUUUCAAAGAGAAAUUGGAUCUGCCCAUUUGUGAUUCUUCAGACAAUUUGCUUUUCAAGUGGAGAAAUAUGGCUGACAGGUAUGAAAGGUUACAGAAAAUAUGCUCUAUUGCCCUAGUGGGCAAAUAUACCAAGCUCAGGGACUGCUAUGCCUCUGUGUUCAAAGCCUUGGAGCACUCUGCCUUGGCCAUCAACCACAAACUGAAUCUGAUGUACAUAGAUUCCAUCGAUUUGGAGCAGAUCACCAAAGUUGAGGAUCCUGUGAAAUUCCAUGAGGCUUGGCAGAAGCUAUGCAAGGCGGAUGGUAUUCUUGUGCCCGGAGGAUUUGGAAUCAGAGGAACACUGGGAAAACUUCAGGCAAUUUCUUGGGCGAGGACAAAGAAGAUCCCAUUUCUAGGCGUUUGCCUUGGCAUGCAGCUAGCAGUAAUUGAGUUUGCAAGAAACUGCCUUAACUUGAAAGAUGCUAAUUCCACAGAAUUUGAACCAAAUGCCCCCACUCCUUUGGUGAUCGAUAUGCCUGAACACAAUCCUGGCAAUUUGGGAGGAACAAUGAGGCUGGGACUAAGAAGAACUGUUUUCAAAACUGAAAAUUCAAUACUGAGGAAACUUUAUGGUGAUGUUCCUUUUAUAGAAGAAAGACACAGACAUCGGUAUGAGGUGAAUCCUAAUCUCAUUGACCAUUUUGAGCAGAAAGACCUCUGUUUUGUAGGUCAGGAUGUUGAUGGGAAGAGGAUGGAAAUCAUUGAACUGGCAAAUCAUCCAUAUUUUGUUGGUGUCCAAUUCCAUCCUGAAUUUUCUUCUAGGCCUAUGAAGCCUUCACCUCCAUAUUUGGGAUUGUUACUUGCAGCCACUGGGAACCUGAAUGCCUACCUGCAGCAGAUGUGUAAACUGUCUUGCAGUGAUGGAUGCAAUGAUUCCAGUGAUGAUAGCUUUUUAGAGGCAAAGAUGUCUGAUCUGAAUCUAACAACUGACUUGGAAUAACAGGCUCUUCUGAGAAGCCACUGAAGCUACUGUAAUCAACAUGAAGGAAUUACCUGAAGCAAUCACCACACUUGUAAAGACUUCCUCCAAUGUGUACCAAACGGACUGGAAAGACUCAAAGGGAGUCUGCUGAUGUUCUUAUGAACCAGAGCCAGAGGAGUAAUUUUCAUUUACUCCAGAGGCCACCUUUGAUAUUCAUACAUUUGUAGUUAAUUAAACUUUGCCCAA